AUGGAGGAGCUGAGGCUCCUCCUGUCCUGGACCCUAUUCCAGAUCCAAAAUCUGUUGACAGUGAUGAGGAGAUGGAAGAAAGAACCUCCAAUAUUUGCUGAAGAGGAGGCUGGUACUAGUAAGAAGAAGAAGAAGCGCAAACGCGAGACAAUAAAGCAGACUCAAUGCAAGGCGAAAAUGUUGGUGAAGCUGAUAGAUGGGCGAUGGGAGGUGACGCACUUUGUUCGUGACCACAAUCAUCCGCUCGUGAAGAAACCUUCAUUGUCCAAAUACUUGAGAUCCCACCAAGGCAUCUCACCUGAUGAAAAGGAGUUUCUGCGCAUCUUGACGUAUGAUGCAUAUAAUGGCAGAGUUCUACGAUCUGAGAUGAUGGUGCCGUUCGGACCAAAGGCAAUAACAAAUCUGUGUACAAGUUUCCGUAGAGAUGACACAAAGGAGGGUGAUCUGAUUGAGACAAUUGCGCACUUCAAGGAUAUACAAAAAACCGAUCCAGACUUCUUCUAUAAGGUGAAAUAUGAUGAAGAGGACAGAGCUGUCAACAUAUUUUGGGUGGAUGGCUUAGCUCGAAAAGCUUAUGCGGAGGCGUACCAUGAUUGCAUAUCGUUUGACACCACCUACAUGACCAACAUGUACAAUACGUCGUUCGCGCCCUUCAUAGGAAUAAACCGACAUGGCCAAUCUUUCAUGCUGGGUUGCGCGUUUGUGAGGCAGGAGUUGGCAUCGAGCUUUGAUUGGGUCUUUGGAGCAUUCCUAGAGGCUAUGGAUGGCAAACCUCUUGACAACUUCAUCAUCGACCAGGAUGGAGCAAUGAGGCAGUCAAGACAGAACAUCUUUCCAACCACCGUGCACCGCUGUUGUCGAUGGCACAUCAUGAAAAAGGCUCAGGAAAAAGUUGGUUGGCCGUUGUGCCGCAAUCCAGGACUCUCUGAUGAUUUCAACAAGUGUGUUGACUUCAGCUUCACUAUAGACGAGUUUGAGCAGAAUUGGGCUGGGUUCUUCCCCUUCCUACAGUCUACACAGCGUAGUGAGGGGUUCAACACCGUCCUAAAAAGAUAUGUGAACCCACACAACUCAAUGCUGAACUUCGUCAAGCAAUAUGAAAAAAUCCAGAACCACAUCCUUGCCAAGGAAGGCUGCAAUGAUUACAGGACAGAACACCUUGGGAUUGAGCUAUGGUCCAACUUCCCAAUAGAGAAGCAAGCUUACAAAACCUAUACUAGGGACCUUUACCGCAAGUUCAGAGAAGAGAGUUUGAGCUGA